UGAGUUUAAUGUAAUAAUCGAUGGUGGCUAUAAACCCCAACCUACAUACUCCCAAAAUACACAUAUAUUUACAACAUAUACAAAAUUGCGUCAAACUGGAGUUGGACAGAUAACAAAUUAAAUAUUAACAGUACUUCGUUGUCUCUAAAAUUUGAAGAUGAACCUGUAGAAAUAGAGGUAUAUAUAUAUAUCAACACCAUAACCAAAUGUCAUACUGAUUACUCCGGAAUUAAUUUGCCACAACCAAUCAAAACUUUCGCUUUCCACAAAAUCACGAGAAUAAGUCCAUGCUAUUUCAACUUUUCCAUAGAAAAUAAUGAAAUAUAUAGCAAAACUAAAAAGUAGCUAAAUCCAAAUACAAGGAGUGACUUGGCAGGGAAAACGACUGGUGGUCCAUAAGGAUAUCCAUCUGAUUAAUAAGUUGACCAAUCAAAACACUACGAAGAGGAUCAUCUUCAAGAACUAGACCAAUCAGAGUCGAGAUAAGACUUCUACAUGGCCCUAAUGGGUAGCAUAAACAACAAAAAAGUGCAUCGAAAUUUAACUUUAAUCACACUCCUAAUAUACAAUAAAAAAAAAACUCACAUCGUGUGGGACAUGUACAAGACUACAACACCGCUAAACUUAACAACUCAUUUCCUCGUAAAAACAAAUGGUAGUCUCCCUUCUUAUAGCCACUUCUCGAUAACUGAAACCUUUGUAGAGUAAACAUAUUCUAAACAUAUUCUUUUUGCAACUGAGACUUGGCAACUAGUUUUUGAAGGUUCAUUCUCGUUGAUGGGGUUAAAUAUAGAGUAAUAACAUGAUGAAAAGUUUGGCUAAUGCGGUUGGUGGAAAGACGGCAAGGGCAUGCGAUAGCUGCGUGAAGAAGCGAGCGCGUUGGUAUUGUGCAGCUGAUGAUGCUUUCCUUUGCCAUUCUUGUGACAGUUCGGUCCACUCAGCGAACCCUCUUGCCUGUAGGCACGAGAGAGUUCGCUUGAAAACGGCUAGUGCCGGGAAGCAUCGUCACGCCUCCUCCUCACCACCUCAUCCAGCCACGUGGCAUCAGGGAUUUACACGUAAAGCUCGGACACCACGUGGAGGAAAGAAAAGCCACACGAUGGUUUUUCAUGAUCUUGUGCCGGAGAUGAGCUCGGAGGACCAGAGAUAUGAAGUGGAAGAGCAGCUCAUCUUUGAAGUACCGGUGCUGAAUCCAAUGGGUAAUGAACAAUGCUUAAAAGAAACAAAGAUUGUGUUCCCAAUGAUGCCCGUAUGUUUCAAGAGCAACGAGGAAGAAGACGACAACACUGAGAGUUGUCUUAAUGGGUUAUUCCCGACCGAAAUGGAACUGGCUCAGUUCUCAGCUGAUGUGGAGACUCUCCUCGGUGGAGGGACAGAUCGAGAAUUCCAUGCCAUGGAAGAGAUAGGGUUUGGUGAGAUGCUAAAGAUUGAAAAAGAAGAGGUGAAGGAAGAGGAAGAAGUCGCGACAAGAGAAGUGUGUGAUCUAGAUGACGCUAAUGAGACUUCUCCAUUUGAAAUAAGCUUCGAUUACGAGUCCUCACACAAGACGGCAUUCGAAGAAGAUGAUGAGAAAGAAGACGUUAUGAAGAAUCUAGUGGACGUGGGAGUGAAUGAGGUGACUGGUAGGAUUAAAGAAGAGAAGAAGGAGAAGGUUCUUAUGCUUAGAUUGGACUACGAAACCGUGAUUUCCACUUGGGGUAGCCAAGGAACCCCAUGGACCGCCCUCAAGCCGUCUGAAAUAGACCUGGACAUGCUUUGUUGCCAAACCAAUUCCAUGUGUGAAAGUGGAGGAGAAGCUCAUCAUCACAACCACUUCCCCGGCCUAGGGUUACACAUGAGAGAAGCUGGGGAUGGAGGAAGAGAAGCUAGGGUUUCAAGAUACCGAGAGAAAAGGAGGACAAGGUUGUUCUCCAAAAAGAUAAGGUACGAGGUACGUAAAUUGAAUGCUGAGAAAAGGCCUCGAAUGAAAGGAAGGUUCGUGAAGAGAUCUUCAAUUGUUGCUGCUCACUAGUCACUAAGAAAGAUCUUUAUGUAUAAUAUAUAAUUAUAGAUAUCACUGUGCUCUCUUCAUAAAUUUGUUUGUUGCUGAUUAGGUGGUUGUUAGCUUUUUCUGCAAUGUUAGAAAGUUUUGCACGUUUUGUGAGCUACGUAUAUGUAAAUAUAGAUAUUUAUCACCAAAAACUUGAUCUUGUAAGGUUUUGUUUAUAUAGUUCAUGUAACGUCAA